AAGGAUAGGAUUUUGUUGUAGCAUUCGAGCGGCCACAAAUCCGACUCCGACCCACCCAAAGUAGCUUGAUUUUAUUUGAUAUAUGGCCGCCUCCGCCGCAUCAUCCUCCAUGGCGGCCACCGCCAUUUUGGUUCCACGUGUCCACACUGCCGCUAGGAUCACCCACUGCUCUGCCUUGCCGUCUCUCCCUCCUCGCGUUUCCAGCGCUUCUUUUUCCUCUUCCGUUAAGCUAAGUCCAGAAUCCCGGAGGUUUUCUCAGCUGCUGACAAAAGCCUCAGAAGAGACCGCUGUCGAUGCUGGGGAGUUUUUCACUGACUUGAAGGAAAAGUGGGAUAAAGUUGAGAACAAGUCCACAGUUAUUCUUUAUGGUGGCGGGGCAAUCGUUGCUGUUUGGUUAUCAUCUAUUUUUGUUGGUGCUCUCAACUCAGUCCCCUUGCUUCCAAAGAUAAUGGAGUUGGUUGGACUUGGAUAUACAGGAUGGUUUGUCUACAGAUACCUUCUUUUCAAGUCAAGCAGGAAGGAACUAGCUACGGAUAUUGAGUCACUGAAGAAGAAGAUUGCUGAAACUGAAUAGAUGCACACAAAGAUUGGCAUGCCUUCAUUUUGUUUUUGGUCCCUUUGUACCCUGUAAAACAGACAUGUGUAUCAUAUCAUGUAAUCGUAGGAUUGCCUUGUAUAUGUAAUCCAUGCCAAACUUUUUGUUUGCCCUGUUCUUAGAGUGAUACUAGUCCAUUUUUAUGUGUAUGGUCAUGGGGGUAUAAUUUCCAUCCCUCUCUCUAUAAAUGCAUUUUUAAUGUGUAGGAA